GCAGCUUCAAUUGAAGGCCAUACACAGGCCUAGGUUAAAAAGUCCCCCCAGCAGCAGCGUGGGGAGACGACUAUCAAGAGUCCAAUGGCAGAGUGGUGGAGCGGAAGCAGCUUCAAUUGAAGGCCAAUAAAGAGGAUGAGGAUGAAGAAGAAGAAGAAGAAGAAGAGGAUGAGGAUGAAGAAGAGGAUGAGGAUGAAGAAGAAGAAGAGGAUGAUGGUGAGGAAGAAGAAGAAGAAGAAGAAGAGGAUGAGGAUGAUGAAGAAGAAGAAGAGGAGGAUGAGGAGAAGAAGAAGAAGAAGAAGAAGAGGAUGAGGAUGAUGAAGAAGAAGAGGAUGAGGAUGAAGAAGAAGAAGAGAAUGAGGAUGAAGAAGAGGAUGAGGAUGAAGAAGAAGAAGAAGAAGAGGAAGAGGAUGAGGAUGAAGAAGAAGAAGAAGAAGAAG